ACCGCCGCCAUUUAUCAUUUUUUGUCAUGCGCGCUCGGGGAUGCUACGAUAUUUCGUGCUCGUGAGUGUUUUUUGAUACAAAGUGAAUUCAAAACUUCGUGAAACGUGUAAAACUUGUGUUGCUCUGUUAAUACUAGUGUUAACUUGACAGUGGUGUGUGUUUGUGUGUAAAAUACAUUCAAAAUGAAUAAAACUUGCGCGAGGUGUGAGAAAACAGUUUACCCGACUGAGGAGUUGAAAUGUUUGGACAAGGCGUGGCACAAAGGCUGUUUCAAAUGUCAGGAGUGCGGGAUGACGCUCAACAUGAGGACGUACAAAGGAUACGGCAAACUGCCAUACUGCGAGGCACACGUUCCGAAGGCGAAGCACACGACGAUGGCAGAAACUCCUGAACUCAAGCGGAUAGCAGAAAACACCAGGCUGCAGAGCAACGUCAACUACCACGCGGACUUUGAGAAGAGCAAGGGAAAGUUUACACAGGUGGCAGAUGACCCCGAGACCCUUCGGAUCAAAGCGAACACCAAGAUCAUCAGCAACGUGGCGUACCACGGGGACCUGGAGAAGAAGGCUCAGAUGGAGAAGCAGCGGCAGAUAAACGAGAAUGGAGAACUAGUCGACGUGCCCUCCGACAACUACCACCAGCAGCUCGAGAAUUACGCCAACGAGAUGCUACCCGUUCCACCACCACCACAGAAACAACCCCAAGUCUACCAGCCACCCCCGGCGUACCAGAACCAGAAUCAAAACCAAUCCUACCAGAAUCAGAACCAGCAAUAUCAGAACCAGAGUUACCAGAGUAACCAGAGCAAUCAUCAGCCGGUGUAUAAUCAGAAUCAAUACCGACCGCAACCACCGAAACAAUACGAAGACUACCAGCAGAAAUACGACGAUUACCAAAACCAAUUCGCCUACGGACAGUAUCAACAACCGGGGGCUAAUUAUGGGGUUGGAAGCCAGCAGAAGAUCGGUAGGAUUCAAGACUAUGAUCCGCUUGUAGACGGACCGCGGGCGGCGCCCAACACUCAGCGGGCGUCGGCCACGCUCAUCUAUAAUAGCACCAGUGAUGGGAAGAGAGGGUCCCACCACCAGCCACAACAGGCCCAGCAGAGCACUCGGCAGAUCGGUCGCGUGGCCGACCUGGACCCGUUGGGCUCCGAGCGCGCCGCCUACGCCGGCCCCGACCAGAACUACAUGCAGGUCAUGUCCAACAAGCACGAGCCCGAUGUACAGAAAGUGUACAUCGCGAUGUACGACUACGAGGCGAACGACAGCGAUGAAGUAUCGUUCCGCGAGGGCGACCUAAUCUCGAACGUGACGGCGAUCGACGAGGGCUGGAUGACGGGCCAAGUGCUGCGCACCGGCCGCACCGGCAUGCUGCCCGCCAACUACGUGGAGCGCGCGCCGCAGGGGACCUACACGCACUAGACUACCCACCUGCACUCUGCUCUGUAGCCGCACAACAUUACCGGCAAGCUUGACAGAACUAACUAUAUAGACAGCUUUAACUUCGAUACUAUUCCACCCGGCCGCGUAGCCAACACGCCAAUCACUUACGCUCCGUAGCGAUCGAAACGCAGAGUCGACGACUCGACGCGCGAUUCCGGUUCGAACGCCAUCUUGAUAGUAGCCUAGUGAUUAAUUCCUUUGUUUUUUGCUCAUUAAUAUUGUUUAAAGUGUAAUAUCGAUAGCUUUAUUAUACAAUAAUCUAAUGUGGUAGUGUGCAGUGAAUGGAGAAUUAAUCUCAAAGCGUGUUUAACCACCAUUUUGGAGUCAACGGCCGGUAGUCCACGUGCUUCUCGUAAAAUCCAGCUAUCGGUUUUACGAGACAACUACAACAACCACCGAACAGCGUCGUGCUCUAAGAGCAUUUAUUUUGUUCCUACCCUUUUACGUGACAUUGGUUACGGGCAACACCGCCCUCAAGUCCAUCAAGAAAAAAAAAAAAAGCUUGACAGAACUAACUAUAUAGACAGCUUUAACUUCGAUACUAUUCCACCCGGCCGCGUAGCCAACACGCAAUCACUUACGCUCCGUAGCGAUCGAAACGCAACCAUAGUAUAAACAGGGCAAAGUAUGUUAUCUUCAUACAAACGCACCGCGCGCGACUUGUAUGUGUGCGCCAUAAGUAUCUAUGCGUUGCCGCACGCACACUCAAACAAAAUCUCUACUGGCGCACUGAGAAACGGGUCUGUUUAUACUAUGACGCAACUGUCACUGUCGCACUAAUAUGGAAGAGUGAUAGAGAGACACAAAGCGUUUCGUUGUCGAAGCGAUAGCGAAUGUCACCUUGGCUAGGCACUUUUACGACUACUUCUCUAUGAAGCUUAGAAAUUAAUUAAAAGUGGAAAAAUUCACUGUCUUGGGUGGGGUGGGUAAAGCCUCCUCCCUAAUGGCUAAUAUGGUGGGAAUAUUCGCUGCAUUGGGUACUGUCUUGGUGGUUCAGAUGGUAGAGCACUGUACUAGUGUUCCAGUGGUCGUGGGUUCAAGUCCCACCCAAGACAGUGAAUUUUCCACUUAAUUUAUUUCUAAGCUUAAUAGCAAUACUGAUACCUCAAUAAACUUAUCACCGAUUAACUUAUUCUGAACUAUACCUUAGGACCCUGAAGAUGCGCACCGCAACUUAACCCUUUACCAGGCUAAGGGAUAUAUGUUUCCCACAUACGGCACUUCAAACAUGUGUUCUAUUUUCGAUCAGUAAGAUUCAGCCUGGUAAAGGGUUAACAUUUUCACUUGUUAUAUUGGUUACUGGCUUUAUGAAUAAAAAAUGAUUAUGAUUAUUGAAGUAUCCGUAACAACAUAGUAUUGUUCAUAUUUUGAUAUAAAACCUGACCAGGAAUAUAUGAUCACGCGCCAUGUUGCGGAAUUUCACUGGAACUAUUUUUUUCAUACUAUACUGAACUGUCACCCUAUACAUGAGAAUAAACAGCGCCCUCUUGACAAUCAUCAUAUAUUACUGGUCAGGCUUAAAAUACAUUAAUUUUUUGUCAAAAAUGCUAUUUUGUACGAAUAAAAUAGGAAACAUAGGUAACAAAUAAUAAAAACAUUUACUAAACUAGAAUUAUCAAAAAUUUUAGUGCUUUCUAUUUUAGAUAUUUGCGAUUUUGGUAAUUAAUUAUAUUAUUUCAGAUACCUAAUGUACCUAAGUAAAAGUGAUGACCAAAAUAAACUAAAUAGUAUUGGAAUAGUCUGUCGGUGUCGAACAUUCAAUAAACGAUCAAAUAUCAACAUUUAUUUAUUUAUUUAUAUGCUCCUAUUGCCAAACUUUGCAAUUGUAUAGGUUGUAGCUUGUAGCAACGUUUUAUAUGUAAAAAUACAUAUCGUUUUACUUAUUAGUAAGCGUUUAAAAUGUACAGUCAUCUGUACAAUUAUUUUAUAUAUACGCGUACAGGAAUGUUGAUAACAUUGAAGGACUCUGCAUGUUAGUGUUCAUAUGUGUUUCAAAAUGUUUUUUUUUUACUUGACUGUACAUUAAUUUUAGAAAAAUACUUAUUUAUACUGACGACUAAUUUUCUUUAGAUUAUCUCUAGACUUAAUUGUAUUUAACCUUUUCGACGCCGUGUCAAACACAAAAGCUGUCAUCCAGACGCCACGUCACCGAAGUGUCAAAACUGAAAUUGAACUUUAUGCACAUGCACGUAGGUCUAUGUUGCUCUGUGGUCUAUGACCGAGUAAUCGGUCUUUGGCGUUGAACCUACGGUGCGUAAAUAUCGGUCAUUGGCAUCCAAAAGGUUAACUCAUGAAAUUGUAAAAGAAACAUUAUUUUUGGAAAAUACAUUUUAGGCUUGAAUUGGAAUUGUCUCGAAAUUGUCUCAACUUAGAUCAAAGUAGGAACGGGCUUUAAACACGUCAUUCCAGUUUAUAUAAUAUUAUUAUAUUUUACAAUACUGACUUAUAUAUUGAUUAUAACAUUUAAAACUUUCGCGGUUUGAACACAUAUUAAAUCACAUUUAGAAACGGGGAAACGGGGCUUUUCGUGGGGUAGUCACACAAAUCUCUGUUUUGACAUUUUGCUGGGACGUCAGUUAGCCGCGACCACGACUAGUGAAACCUGUGUCGAAACGUCGGUAAAUAAAGGUAACAAAAUAAAUUCGCGAUAGACCCGUUUCGAAAUGUGAUUCAAUAUUAUAUAUUGAUUGUUUUAAUUACACAUACUGCCUGUAAAUAUGAAAGAGGUUUGAAAAUACUAAAAUAUGUUGAACGCGAACUUAUAAGCAAUUUAGCUUUUAAGUUGUUUCUUUCUUACCAAGAACACACAUCAAUGGUGUAUAAAUCAAUAUUUAAUAUUUAAGUAAUUGAUAGACGUAUCAAUUGCAGAUUUUAAAUAAUUUUAAGUCUAAGUUACAUGAACUUUCAAACAACUUAAAGAGUCUAAGAUUGUAUCUAUAUUUUUCUAUUCAAUAUUAUAAAACCUCAUUGCACCUAAGCUUAAUGCAACUGUAUGCAGAUUUCUCUCAGCGUUAAUUAUGUAUUAUAAAUAUUAAACAUAUAAAAGUUGUUGUCAUCAUAUUGAAAUUACGUAUUUUAAUGCAUUUUACAAAAUUUGUGACAUUUUAAAAUAUAGCACAGAUUUUUUUUACAUUCUUAUUUAACAUUCCGUGUUUUUUAUUUCUUAUUUAUGUUGAUUGUUAACAUGCUCGCAUUUUACAUUAAUGUCCAUAAUAAUUGUCAAUAAAAGCAGUAAAAAUCAGUUGGUCUUACUAAAAUAUUAGAUAUAUAACUGACCAAUGUAUUUAGUCAAUCUUCUGUUCUAGCGAGAAGAUAUUUAGUUUUUUUUUAAUAAAUCAAGUUAGAUAUUUAAACAUUAUUGACCAGUUUUAGAAAUAAAAUUUUAGUAACUUCAAAUAAGUUGAUUUUGUGAAAUUAGAUGAACUUGACCAUUUCUAAUUAAGUUUUUGUUCGCUAGAUCUAUAGAAUAAAUGUAAUAUGCCAAUAGCUUUUAUUUUUAAUUAAGGAGGUACCUAGGUCACUGUUAAAGUGCAGUUAGCUUAAGUUAAUAUUUUAUUUAUUAUCUUUUUUAACCAAAAUCAUGAUGAUAAUGUAUAAUAAUAUGUAUAGAUCAGGACUAGUAUCAAGACUAUCAAGUUUCUUACAUACUUAGGAACUAUGCACACCGGGUUCUUAAAACGCGCGUCGACGGUGCGUUUAAAAACGCGGUGUGCAUAUGCCCUUACAUUGUUUUAGUUGUUGACAAAGAUUGAUUGUAAUAUGUGUAAAGUCUAAGACAAAUUCGUACUUCGAAUUUGACAGCUGUAUCCGCGCUGUACGCUGUUAAAGCACGUUAUUACUUAGGUUUUUCUUCUAUUUUACAAUCAAUAAUUCUUUAGUUGUUUAUUACAAUUAUAGGUAGUAUUGACGAAUGUUUCCUACAUAUUCUCAUAUAUAAGGUAAACGUCCGAAUGCUCGUCAAUUGCCCAGUAUAUGUCAUCUAUAAACUUUUUGGUCAUCAUAAACUGAAAUAGAUGUCAUAUACUAAAGAAAAAGUGACCAAGCCCAGUGACGGAGGCCGGAUUCGAACCGGCGUUUUCAAAACAAUUUGAUUUGUCCCUUAUUCUCAAGUUCUCAAGUCACUGUCAAUAUAGGUGACAGCGGUGUGUCAUGUACCUAUUGGAAAUUAGCAUGUCUAUAUUCUGUUUUUUAUUCCGUAGACUAAAAUGACAUUUCAUGUGGUACUAAGAAAUGUCAUCUCAUACACAUGAAACGUCAGUUUAGUCUACGGAAUAAAAAAACAGACUUUAGCACUAGGGCGCUACCUUAACCAUAGAGAAAUAUAAGUAAAGAAAGAGUGGUAACUCCAUACAUCAGUUUUCGCGCCUUAUUUCGUGGUCGACAUCUAGCGUCAAGUAGCGGAACUCUCAGUACUGCUACUCGACAAUAGAUGUAGCGGCAAACAAAAAGUUCAAACUAAUGCUCGACGAUUUUCAGCUAAUAUUAUAUCCAGAGUAACCGUAGGAGUUGAAAUUAGAGUUCCAGUUACUCUGGUUCAAAUAUUAGCUGAAAAUCAUUGAGCAUUAGACUUUUUGUUUGCGGCGACAUCUAUUGUCGAGUAGCAGUACUGAGAGUUCCGCUACUUGACGAUAGAUGUCGACUACGAAAUAAGGCGCGUUUUGGUAAGAAAACUAAUGUAUGGAGUUACCACUCUUUCUUUACUUAUAUUUCUCUAUGCCUUAACUUCAAUCAUAAAAUUAUACCUCAUAAUGUCCGCGGUUUUUAAUCCUUUGACCGCUAAAGACAUCUGGUGACGCGCGCGGCUUCAGCCCAAUAUCAACCUCCCUGCAUUCCGAUAAGGUUCACGAUGGCGCGUCGCACACGAUAGGCAUUCAAAGGAUUCUAGUUUUGAAUUUGUAUACAUAGUGUUAUAUAUUGUUAUUGUAUUGUAUAAACGCCGGCGACAUCACAACGCUCCGGGCAGUAUUAACUUUACGUCCAAUGUUACAGUGCCUUUGGAAUAUUAUAUUUUUUAAACUGAAA